UUUCACAUUUAGAUGGCUUUCAAGUACUGCAACAGCUCUCAAAUUAGCUUUGCACUGUGCAGCAGAAACAGCAGUACAGUGCCAGCCGCGCUAUAUAUCUCGCCCAACCCAACCACAGCAACCAAAACCUUCCUCCAACAAUCCGGUGUCGCCUUCCUUCGUCCGUCUCAACCUCACCGUCAGACCGUCCUCAUGGCAACAGAGCCUCUGCAAUGCAAGAUCCUGGUGCUCCGGGUGCCCAUCCACUGCGAGGGAUGCAAGAAGAAGGUGAAGAGAGUGCUGCAGAGCGUCGAUGGCGUGUACAGAUGCGACAUCGACGCCCGGAGCAACAAGGUGACGGUCGCCGUCACGGGGAGUGUCGGUGGCGACGCUCUGGUGAAGAGGCUGCGCAGGUCCGGCAAGAACGCCGAGGAGUGGCCCGAGCCGCAGCAGCAGCAACCGGCCGACAGUACCCAGAGGUCCCAGACCCCCGAAGAAACCAAGAAGCAAGCCACUGAACCGGACAAGCCCGGUGGCAGUGGCACCGCCGAGAAGCCGGCGUCCGGGGACGCGGAGGCAAACUCUGCAGAGCAGAGCAACCCCAAGGCCUCCUCUGAAGCAACCGCCGGCGUGACCGCGACGCUGGCUCAAGACGGCACGGAGAGCACCAGUGCUGAUGCCGACGGCGCUGUCGAGCAUGCCACCAAGGAGGCCACGGCGGAGCAAUGCAGCGAUGCAAAGAGGAACCGGAAGCAGCAGCCGGAGGAGGUUGAGAAACCAGUCGAUACCAUGGUGGUGCUGACGGCAGCGUCGGCCCAAAGCAGCGAUGCCUGCAACUUGCCACCGCCCCUGGAGCAGCCGUCGGUACACGUCCUCAGCUACAGCAUGGCGCGGCCGACCGUGAGCGCGGCAUCGUACUACGCCGCCGCGCCAGCCGCGAGAGCCCCACCGCCGCAGGAGCUCCCGUACACGUACCCGCCGUGCUGCUACUACCCGCAGCCGUCGCCUUACCACGGAAGCUGGGCGCCGCAGACGGGCGCGGCUUCGCCGGCGUACGACUCCUACAGCGAUCUUUUCAGCGACGACAAUGCCAACUCCUGCAUCGUGAUGUGAUGAUGUAGUUUAGACUUGAGAGUUGCUUAACAGUGAGCCCGUCUAGGAUACUCAUUUCACAAGUAUAUUUGUUUGAGAUGAUUCUCAGUUCAGAUGCUCAUCACAAGUUCACAAGUCAUGGCUCGAAGCAUUUUGUAAGGUGACAUUCUUGCGCUUGUGAUGACUGACGAAACUUUGUAAAACUGCAAGGCAACCAUGCCAUCACUAUGUUGUAAAACUGCAAGGCAAAUUCUCAUUUA